AUUACUGUCAUUAUAAUUGUUUGUAUUCCUAUUUUAAUGUUAUUACAGGGUUCCUGCACAUUUUCCAUUUCAAAAUUCUAUACUUUUCCAGACUCAAAUUUCCAGACUUCUCUGAGGAUUUUCAGUCAAUAUUAAACAUCCUAAUACCAAUUGUUAGAUGCUCUUAUGUAAAAAAAAAAAAAGGUCAAAAAACGUUGAGCGGCUACCGCUAGAUGCUGUGAAGACACGACAGCUCUUUUGCGCCUGCAAAUGGCUUAAAUUUGCCGCCUCCCCCAUGUUGGAGAUGUCGAACAAUUUCAAGCAUAGUUUGCAUCUAGCUUUAUUUUAACACUUGGUAUCCUUCAUCAAGUCGCACAGUCGUGUGGCGAAAGUUAACAAUGGUAACCAGAUACCGUUCUCAAGACAGCUUGAGUAGUUUCAUAUCAUCGACAGGUAGGCUAUGUUGCGUAAGCAAGCUUGUUUUGAUUUGUAUGUAUUAAUAUAUUUUAUUUUAGAUAAUGAGAUAAUAGUCUGGAAACACAAACAUUUUUCACUACUCUUUUCUCAUAUCUAUACUUAUCCAGACCUGGAAAUUACUCAAAUUAAAUUCCAUACUUUUCCAUACUGCGUAGGAACCCUGUUAUUAUGAUCAUUCUUAAUUUUUCGGCUACUUCCUGAAUAGGUAGACAUACUUGUUCUCCUCGUCUAGAAUUUAAGUAUCUAUACCACGUAAUUGUAGUUUCCCUUUAAUGAAUGUUUUAACAAUUUUUCAUGCUAGUGUCAUAUUGUAAUAAUACGUAUUAAGGACUUUGGGUUGUGGCACAAUUCGUUUCCCUCCCCAUGAUUAUUCUCCCCUCUUGAAUACAUGGUCAACACUGAAGAUGCUGCAUUCAUUCAAGUGGAUAUUAAAGCUACAUCUCAGCCUAAUGCAAAUGUUUCUUGAAAACAACCACGUAGAUUCAGCCCCAGCACCCUCCAUACAGACCGUCCCGGAGGGACCACUAACGGAGGGGAGCAGGGUAACGUUCACCUGCAGGGCCAUCGCACCCUGUCCCACCCAGCUGCCUACCCUGAGCUGGAACCAGUCAGGAGUCCCUGAGGGCCGGCUGGAGCCGCACGGAGACCAAGAGCCUAACGUCAGGACCCGGCGGCUGAAUAUCACUCUGUCGGACGGACAUGACGGGGUCCGCCUCACCUGUCUGGCGGAGUAUCCGGUAAACGGCCGUUUAGGCGGGCCCAGCAACAGAACAGCAGAGAGCGUCGUGACGCUCAACGUUUUCUAUUCCCCGAAGAAUACCCAGGCCUCCGUCAGCCCCCCCACGGUGUCGCUGGGCAGUGUGGUCAACCUGACGUGCACCAGCAGAGCCAACCCCCCCGUUCUCCGGUUCACCUGGUUCAGGAGCAGUGCGGAGGGACCCCUGAACGUGUCAGAUGGAUCUUUGUACAGCUUCAAUGUGUCCAGCUACAGAGGAAUCUACUACUGUGUGGCCACAAAUCCCUUGGGAAACCAAACAUCAGAAGAGAUAACUAUCAGCGGUGAAAAAUUGAAUGUCCCUCUGAUAAUUGCUGGAUGGCUGUUUGGUACCAUCUUCUUUAUUGGUCUGAUCAUCUUUGUCCUGUGGUUACUGAAGAAACCUUCAACACAGCAACAGGUCACGUAUUCAUGUAUCAAUGCUCAAAAUCCAAUAUGUGAGGCGCCAGACAAGCAGGAGGAAGAGGAGAUCCACUACGGAGAGAUCGACUUUACCAAGCGAGGUGCCGUGCAGAACCCAGGCCCGGUGUUCCCCCAGGGGGAGGAGCAGACCUCAGAGUACGUUGAGAUCACGGCUCAACAGGCUAAGAACACACAGAUCAGAGAUGAACUGGAGAGGAGCUGAAUAGUUUGGGCUGGGAUCUCUUUAGUAUCCACUCAUGUCAGUGUAAACAUAUCCUGCUUAAGCAUCUAUGACUUUCUGCAAAACAUUUCUAAAACAUGGCACCCCUUAUGGUUUUUGGUCUCCAAGGCACUGAAUAAAAAAAACUAAAGUUUGUACGACUCUCUGCAUGGCUGGUUGCUGUUUAGGAAAUCAACAGCACAACAAAUGUUAGGAAUGACCGCUUUUAUAAAAUGCUGCAGAGAAACACCAGACUGCUCUUCAUUCAAUUUUAAGGGACACCUCAAGAUAAAAUGCUGCGAUAGGAAUACAUAUGCAAUGCAUUGUAUGAAGCUGGCAUAGUAUGUAAAUGAGUCAUAAGUACAAUUUAAAUGAAAAUCAUCCAAUACAACCCUUUUCCAAAAAUGCCCCCUGUCUAAAUUGGACAAUAAUGAAUCGCAAAUAAAAAUCUAUUUGUAUUAAAAUUUUCUAAAAUGCCCCCUCUUUAAAGUGGACAAUAUUUAAACGUAAAUAAGUGGGCAGGAGAAAGUCCACCCAUUGGAGAGCGAGUAUGUCCACAGGGGACGAGGAUUUGAUGUGAAGGGUGACACAGAUUAUAAAGUUCAGCCAGUUACCCAAUGGGUGGAGUUUGUCCCACCCACUCAUUUGCAUUUUAAUAUUGUCUACAUUGAAGCGUGCCAUAGUUGGAAAAUGCAAACCAAAUUAAUUUUUAUUUGGAUAUUGUCCACAUUUCAGCAGACAUGUUUUAAAAUGCAAAGAGAUAGCAUUUUAAAUGUAUAUCUGACUCAAAUAAUGUGUGUAUGUUCUGAAAAAUAAAAAGCAUUAGUUCU